GGGGAGAAAAUUAGAUAUUGGAAUUGUGAUCGCAAAUUUGUAAUCGUAAAAUCCGAAGAAAUUGCCGUGAAGGAAGAAUGGGAAAGUGGAGUCAAUGUGCGAUUGCGGCGACGAUUCUGGCGCUCGGCCACCUCUCAGUAUCGGCCGCCGCAAGACCUUGCAAGACUUUCUUCGUCACCUCCUAUUCAUUCUCUUUUGAAAACCCUAACUAUCCUUCCUCCUCCUCCGCCUCCACCGGAUUCGUCACCGUCGUCACCGAGAUUAGCCAAUUGAGUCUCAAACCAUCCGAUCCCAAGUCGUCCGAUGUCUUCAGCUCCCUCCGUGAGCGCAGUAGGGACAUCCUCAGCGUAGUCGUCGCUCUUCUCUUUGGAGUCGCUUGCGGCGCUCUCACGGCGGCCACCCUUUACUUGGUAUGGACCUUCUUCUCCUACCGGUCUGAUUAUCAUCAAGCUUUUCUGGAGGAAGAUGAGAGCGACGGAGAACUUAGCCCGAAGAAGGUUGGGUAUGUAAAUAUUCCCACCGUUAACGUUAAGGAAAACCCUUGAUCAAAUUAUAUGUAUAUUUAAGUCUUUAUUCUGAAUAAGAAUCGUGUAUUUAUUGUUGUCGUUUGGAUAAACACAUAUCUAUGUUUACACAUUUUAUUUAAAUCCUAUUGAUAAAGUGUAAUCUAAAUAUCAUUACUGCAAGACUCCUUCGGAUGCUGUAUUACGUUUCCUUUGUUCAAUGUUUCUUUCAUUUGCAAUAGAUCCA